UAGUUGUCACAAUUCAAAGCCGUAUUACGUUCACUGUAGUCACGUUGUUUUUUUUGCUCAUUCUUUCCUUUUCCCUUGGUUCACACGAGUGCACAACACGUUCGACAAUGACCAAAGGUACAUCAUCAUUCGGUAAACGACACAAUAAGACGCACACAUUGUGCCGUCGUUGUGGUCGUAGUUCAUACCAUAUUCAAAAGAAAAAAUGUUCUUCAUGUGGCUAUCCAAAUGCCAAAAUCCGAAAAUACAAUUGGAGCGUUAAAGCUAAACGCAGGAAGACUACCGGUACUGGCCGUACUCGUUAUUUGAAAAUAGUCCAUCGAGUAUUUCGACGUGGUUUCAAAGGUCUACCAGUGGCUGCAAAAGGAAAAAGUGGUAAAUCGGGAGAAAAAUCUGCAGCAUCGUAGAAGACAUUUGAACGAAAAAAAUAUUUUGUGAAAAAAUGAUUUUUAAAACUUUUUCUGAAUAAAUAUAACAUUGACGUAAAUUUA